AUGUCAGGACCAUCUCUCGUCAUUCCUAGUGAGGGACGCUUCAUGCGUCGUCUCAGCUCGAAUGAGGCCACGCGUGAAAACAUCAAACUAGGCCCUACAGUCGUCGUUCCCCCAAAGCACCUCAUGGCUCCGUCAGAUGCCUCAGAAGUGGCAGCCGCCAUGGAAACCGCAAGACACGAGCUUCAAGAUGGAGCAUCCCCUGCAACUCCAACCUCACCCCCAGAGUCAUCGGUUACCGACAAAUAUGCCUUCGCUUUUGAUAUUGAUGGCGUCCUUAUCCGAGGCGGUCGUCCAAUUCCAGAGGCCAUUGAGGCCAUGAAGAUGCUGAAUGGUGACAAUGAAUACGGUGUCAAGGUUCCAUACAUCUUCGUUACCAAUGGUGGCGGUAAGACAGAGUCGGAAAGAUGCGUUCAGCUCAGCAAGCAGCUUGAAAUUGAGGUCUCGCCUGGCCAGUUCAUCUGCGGCCACACUCCCAUGCGAGAGAUGGCCGAGAAAUUCAACACCGUCCUCGUCGUCGGUGGAGAAGGCGAAAAGUGCAGACUCGUUGCUGAAGGCUACGGUUUUAAGGAUGUUGUCACUCCUGGUGACAUCAUCAAAGAUAACGAGGAUACGACGCCAUUCCGUACUCUGACCCCGGAGGAAUACAAAAACUCCAGGGCCCGCAAUUUCGCUGAAGUUGAGAUUGAAGCUAUCUUCGUCUUUGCCGAUAGCCGGGACUGGGCUUCUGACCAGCAGAUCAUCUUGGAUCUUCUGAUGUCUAAGAAUGGUCGCUUGGGUACGCGAUCCGAGACCUUUGAGGAGGGUCCACCCGUUUUCUUCUCCCACAACGACGUUGUUUGGAGCGCCUCUCAUGACCUUACCCGCAUUGGAAUGGGUGCUCUUCGCGUUUCCCUCGAGGCUAUGUUUAAGGCUGUUACUGGCAAAGAGCUGAAGACCACUGCUUUCGGCAAGCCUCAGAUUGGUACCUUCGAAUUCGCUACUCGCCUUCUUCAGCAAUGGCGAAAGGACACCCACGGUAUCAACUGCCCACCAGACACUGUCUACUUUGUUGGCGAUACACCAGAGUCAGACAUUCGUGGCACCAACGAGUACAACAAGCACGCAGAGAACAACUGGUAUUCUAUCCUUGUCCGUACGGGUGUCUUCCAGGAAGGAACCAAGCCUCGUUUCCAGCCUAAGGCAACCGUCGACAAUGUGCUCGAGGCAGUCAAGCAUGGCAUUGAGCGCGAGUACCGCAAGGCUCUGAAGGCUAGCAUCGAAAGCACCGGUGUCAUCUUGGAAUAA